CUGUAGCCGAACGUUGCCGCGUCAAGUUACGUUACGCUUACGCUCAACAUUCUUCGGUAUUUCGUUGCCCACACAAUUUUAUAGCGACGCGUCGUCGACGCUCUCGUGUACGUGUCGUGUGUGUGUCUCUCCCUGUCUCUCUUUCUCUCGCACGCCUGUAUGCGUGUGUCUCGAAAAACGUAACGCGUACGUGUAUACAUAGUUGUAACAGUGUGUGUGUGUGUGUCGUGCGCCACAGCGCAAUAGAAAAAUUAAACGGAAAAUACAAUAAUUCUACAACUAUAGUAUACUAAUUGUAUUUAUUUAUUUUUUUCAAAGUGUAUUAAACAAAGCAAACAAUAAUAUUGUAAAAUAAUAGUACUGCUGGCCAUGUGUGUGUGCGUGUGUGUGUGCAGCAGCGGCAGCGAAAAUCAAUAACAAAGCGCAAGGCGCUAAAAGCGACAAAAGAAAAAUGUACAACAAGCCGCAAGAGCAAAGCCAAAGAGCAAUGUUGAAAACGACAACAACAACAAAUUGCCGGUACUUUAUAGAGCAACAACAACAUCAGCAGCAGCAGCAACAACAACAACAACAGCAGCAGCAGCAAUUGCAGGCGCCAUUAUUAAACAAUUGUAUCGAUAUUUGUUAUCGGCACUAAUUAAUCAAGCCGUUUAUCGGCGCUUAAAAGAGAGCAGCAUAAAAUUUGUGUGUUUGUUUUUUUUUCGUGCGCGUGUGUGUGUGUGUGUGACGCCAAAAAAGUGGGUCGAGUUGCGCGCGUAAAUUUGGGUCGCAGUCGCAGCAGCAGCAGCAGCAGAAAUUGCAAGCCUCUCUCUUCUCGCUCUCUCUCGCGCUUUUGUAGUGCAUUCCAUUCGACUUCCAGUUGAACUACAGCACACUCCCACGCGCGCUCUCACUCUUAAGCGCGCUCUCACUCUCAAACGCGCUCUCAUACGCGCCUUUACGCUCACGACCCUUUUUACACAUACACUCUCAGCCAUGUCGCUGCAAACGAAACGUCAGCACUGUUAUCUGUGCGAUUUACCACGCAUGCCAUGGGCCAUGAUCAAUGACUUUUCGGAGGCAGUGUGCCGUGGCUGUGUUAAUUAUGAGGGCGCCGAUCGCAUUGAGGUUGUUCUGGAUGCCGCCCGGCAAAUGAAGCGUUUGCAUCCCAGCAGCAAGCGUGCGCAUGAGAAUGGUGAAGUUGUUGUACUGCAACAACAACAACAACAAACGGGCUUACUGCCACAACAUCGCGGUACAGUGCCCAGCACAAGUGGUGGACCCAGCGCAGGGGGUGGAGGUGUACCGGGACCGGGACCGUUAUCCUUGUCACAUCAUCAUGUGGCAGCGGUGGCAACUUAUCAAAUGCCACGCAUAGGACCACCGUUACCCCCACCCCAACAGCAACAACAACAGAGUGCUGGAAAUAGCCUAAUGGAUUUUCCGGUUAAAUUGGAGGCAACGCCGGAUGUGCGACCCGUACGCAUUUCCCAUAUGACACCCCACCCACAUAUGCCGCCCAGCGGGGGUCAACGACCUGGCGGACCAGGUACCGUUACACAGCAAGCACCCGGUGGUGGUGGCAACUCUACACUGUUGCCAGCUCUCUCGGUUAACUUAAAGCGUCCACCCUCCGAUGAUGUUGAUGUCGAUCAACAGCAACAACAACAACAACAACAACAACAUGGUCCCCCUCACAUUGGCGUCGGCGUCGGCGUUAGCGUCGCUGAACUUGCUGCCGGCAGCAGCAGCGGCAACAACAACAACAACAGCAGCGGCGGCGGACCGUCAAGUGUUAAGCGCAGCGCCCUGGAUGAUCCGACCGGCGUACGACCGCCAUUGACACGUGGCGAAUCGCUGCCAGCGCCCGUUAGCUAUGUUCCCGAGCGGCAGCUCAACUUGCGCGACAAACAGCAGCCGGUGCGGGCGCCCAGCUUCGAUGCAUCCACCUUCAAAGCGGGCGUGGCCAAUGCUUACUAUAUUGCAGAGCACUUGUCUCCGGCCAGUCGACGUAACGGUUCCAGCCCGCCAUCGGGUCCAUUGCCCCCCCGCAGUGUCCACUCGCCGAAUAGUUCGGGAUCAUCGUCAGGUCGCCGUUCGUCGGGAUCACGUCACGUGUCGAGCACAACCGUCACAAGCAGCGAAGUCGGAGUCUCGAAUUCCGUUCAAGCGGCCGCCGUCGCUGCCGGCCUUGGUGCGGGCAGCGCUGCCGGCGUUGGCGGCUCUCUGGGUGGACCUGGAGGUGGCAGCAAUUCACUAAGCAGUUGCAGCAGCGGAGGUGGAGGAGGAGGAGGUGGUGGUAAUAAUAAUAAUGUUGCAUCUGGCAACGCUGGACCCUCGUCGCUGCCACCUAAUCCGAAUGCGGUGUCGACUGGCGAUGGCAGUGCCAGCGGUGGUGGCAACACUGUUGGACCAGGUGGCAACAAUGGCAGCGGCAGCGCUGUCAACACAGGUCCCGGCAGCAGCGGCAGUCAAGGCGGCGGCAGCAGCAGCAGCAGCAACAACAGCGGCAGCACAGCCGGCAUAGGCAAUGCGCCCGGCAGCAGCGCAGCGCCAAAUUCAGCAGCAGCGGCCGCCGCAGCAGCAGCACAAAAUGCCACACUCAAGUGCACCCUGUGCCAGGAGCGUCUCGAGGAUACGCAUUUCGUGCAGUGUCCAUCGGUUAACAUUCACAAGUUCUGUUUCCCCUGCAGUCGCGAGAGCAUCAAGCGUCAAAAUGGUCUGGGCAAUGAGGUGUAUUGUCCAAGUGGUGAACGUUGCCCGCUUGCUAAUUCCACCAUACCGUGGGCAUUUAUGCAGGGUGAAAUCACCACCAUAUUGGGCGAGGAGGUCAAGGUGAAGAAGGAGCGCGAGUCUUAAUGUCCAUUUUAUUGUAAAAAGCUGCGCAGAGCUUUGGAGCACUUUUAAGAGAGAGAGUUGUGUGUCUGUGUGUGUGUGACUUUGGAUCAGCACGCUCUCUCUCUUUGUCAACCAAUCACACACACUCCCACUCUCUCACACACAUUUGCCACUCUCUGCGUCUGCCGCCUGCAGGCAAUCUGCAGCGAUGAGAGCAGAUCAAAGAGAGAGCGGCGGAGCGAGGUGUAAACUUCUUUUUUUGGUGGCGACCGCGACGCCGGCGUCGCAGCAACAGCGGGCGCUUUGUCCAUGACGACCAACAACAACAACAACA